AUGGAUCACUUUACCCUUUCAGGAUUGGCAGCUAUGCCAAAAACUAAAUGUAUACAGGAAAGGGAAGAGGCGCAAGUUAUAGCCAGAAAACCAACGCUUGGGAUCUUCAUACCCGAAUGUGAACAAGACGGUUCGUACACUGAGAUCCAGUGCCACGCCGCCACUGGGUACUGUUGGUGUGUCACCAACGACGGAAAACCUAUUAAGGGUACAUCAAUUAGCGGCAAGAGCGCUCCCUGUAAACGAAAAAGAAGGCGACCACAGAAAUCUGAAAAACACAAACGUCGAACGGAUAGAAGACGGAUAUCGCCACGACGAAAGAAAAGAG